GGCAAUAAUGCGGAAAUGAUAAAUGAUAUAGAUAAAAUUAGAGUUUGACAAUGCAAAAGGAUUUUGGCGCUAUCGCUAUCCCUCAAUGGCGUCAGUAAAUCUGUGUGAGCGGAAACCGGUCCGCUCGGCGUUCCAAGCGGAGACGAAAAACAGGCGCUUAUCGGUGUGUGACCUUUAUCUUUCUUUCUGAUUCAUACCUACUUGUACUCCCGCUUUCCCCUACAAUUGUUGUCUUCCUCGUGGAAGAUUCAGAUUGUCAUACAGUUGAGACUUCCACAAAGUAAUUUUGUACGCCAGUCAACUAGGGAUAGCUUUUAUUAUACUGAAUCCACUCAAUCGCAAACAAUAGAGAAAAUGAGCCCCUCAGCCGCUCUCGAUAAUGCGAAUGGCUCCCCCGCAGCCCCUCUGACUGUGGAGGGCAUUCCUGCUCUGAGGGCCAAGAGUGCCCCAAUUCCCAAGGGUGUUGCACCUGCGACGAGUAGUGAUAUGUUCAAAAGUCCGGCAUGUUAUACGAAGCCCAAGGCUAAACGCUGGGAUCACAUUCUCUCCAUCGAAGCAAAAUCCCGGAAGGUAUCUACAUUGAAAGGCGCCGCGAAAUACUUGAAGAACCCAGGCCUCAUUUCUCUGGGCGGUGGAUUGCCCUCUCCGGAAUACUUUCCUUUCGAGGAGCUCGAUAUCAAGGUUCCCACUCCACCAGGAUUCACGCCUGAAGCUACUCGCGAGUCGGGAACGGUUGCACACACUGGAAAGAGUGAUAUUCGCGAAGGCAAAAGUCUAUACGAUCUUGAGGUAGCUCUCAAUUAUGGUCAAGCUACGGGUGCUCCGCAGCUUCUGAGAUACGUCACAGAACAUACAGAGCUCAUCCACAACCCCCCCUAUUCGGACUGGCAAUGUUGUUUGAACUGUGGUAGCACCUUCGGCUGGGAUGUGGCACUCAGGCUCUUUUGCGAACGGGGCGAUUAUAUCAUGAUGGAAGAAUAUACCUUCUCUAGCGCACAGGAAACUGCCCUCCCUCUGGGCCUGAAGGUGGCACCUAUCAAAAUGGACAAGGAGGGCCUUUUGCCCGAGUCCCUUGACGAGGUCCUAAGCAACUGGGAUGAAAGCGCCCGGGGUGCUCGCAAGCCCUUCGUUCUUUACACUAUCCCAACAGGACAGAACCCUACGGGUGCGACACAACGGGCGGAGAGACGCAAGGCAGUCUACAAGGUUGCCCAGAAGCAUGACGUUUAUAUUGUGGAGGAUGAACCCUAUUACUUCUUGCAGAUGCAGCCAUACGCUGGAGCUGAUGGUGAGCCCGUUCCACCGCCAGCCAACCACGAAGAAUUCAUCAAGUCUCUUAUCCCUUCCUACCUGAGUCUUGACACUGAUGGUCGUGUGCUUCGGCUGGAAUCAUUCUCUAAGGUCAUUGCUCCCGGCUCCCGGGUUGGCUGGGCUGUCGGAUCUGAGCAAAUCAUCGAACGAUUCAACAGAACCUGCGAGACUAGUUCCCAGAAUCCAAGUGGUAUCUCGCAGCUUGUGCUUUACAAGCUGUUGGAGGAGCAAUGGGGCCACGCUGGGUACUUAGACUGGCUGAUCAACCUUCGUAUGUCAUACACGGCUCGCAGAGACUCCAUGGUGCAUGCGUGUGAGAAGUAUCUCCCCCAAGAACUUGCCCAUUGGAAUCCCCCUGCAGCAGGGAUGUUUGUAAGUUCAGAGCUUAUCUAAAUCCUUCAUUCCUCACGACCAAGGCACUGACAGGAAAUAGCAUUGGAUUGAAAUCGACUGGCGGAAGCACCCUGGAAUUUCGUCUGGCAAGACACGCGAAGAAAUUGAGGAGGAGGUUUUCCAGGCCGCAGUCAACAACGGUGUCCUCAUCUCUCGUGGCAGCUGGUUCAAAGCUCAAGGCGCGAGCGAGGAGAAGUUAUUCUUCCGUGCUACAUUUGCUGCCGCUAGCUCUGAUGCUAUUGCUGAAGCAAUUUCCCGUUUCGGUACAACUUUGAGGCAAGAGUUUGGAAUGAACUGAGUCGGCAAUUUUGAACAUGCAUGUUGGUUUAUUCUGAGAAAUACAUAGAUAAAUUUUAGAUAAUUGACACGCAAAGCAGAGCAACAUCUAUAUGAACUGUCU